AUGGAUGAAGAGAGUCUGGAAGCAGCCAUUCAGACCUAUAACGCCCAGCUGCAGCAAGUGGAGCUGGCGUUAGGGGCGGGCCUGGACCCGUCGCAGCAGUCGGACUUGAUUCAGUUGCAGGAGGAUUUAAAGCAGCUGAUAGAACUGACUGAAUCCAGCCUGGUGUCUGUCAGAAAGAGCAAACUUCUGGCUACUUUAGAUACAAAUGCUUCCUCCUCGUCCCCCUCCCCGGUGGAGCGGGACACCAACCCGGACGGUUCUGCCCAAGAUGAGGAGUACGCUGCUUUUAAGGAAGCCAUUGCUGAGCUUGGAACCGACGAGAAGCCUUCAGCUGGUCACGAUGAGACAUCGUCGAAGAGAGAUGAAGAAACUGGUGACAAAAAUGAAUCCAAGUACAGUGAAGAGGAGGAGGAGUCUGACAGAGAGGAGGAGGAAGAGGAAUUGAGUGGGAUGAAGGUUAAAGCCCCCUACUACAGUUCUUGGGGGACCCUGGAGUACCAUAACGCCAUGAUUGUGGGGACAGAGGACUUGGAAGACGGCAGUGCAGGAGUCAGAGUGCUGUAUCUCUACCCAACCCACAAGUCUCUGAAGCCGUGCCCGUUCUUCUUGGAUGAUAAAUGCAGAUUUAAAGAGAACUGUCGGUUUUCCCACGGGCAGGUGGUCUCUGUGGAAGAGCUUCAGCCGUUCCAGGAGCCCGACCUGAGCGCGCUGGGAGUGGGCUCGGCCUGCCUGGCGAAACACAGCGACGGGAUAUGGUACACCGCCAAAAUCACCGACAUCGACAGCGGUUACUACACGGUGAAGUUUGAUUCCCUGCUGCUCAAGGAGGCCGUGGUGGAAGGAGACAGCGUCAUCCCCCCGCUGCGGAGCGAAGAUGGCGCCGAAUCUGCCGAGUCGGAUGAAGACAGCGUGGAUGACUCUGGGUACGCGAAAGUGAUAGACUCGGGAGUUCCAGAGAACGGGGCGUGGACGCCUGCGUGCAGCUCCUCUUUUGGGGGCUGGGAAGCCCACACUCGUGGUAUCGGCUCCAAACUGCUCGUUCAGAUGGGAUACGAGUUUGGAAAAGGGUUAGGGAAGAAUUCUGAGGGCCGAGUGGAGCCGGUGCAGGCUGUGGUCCUUCCCCGAGGGAAGUCCCUCGACCAGUGUGCUGAGGUGCUUCAGAGGAAGCAGCAGGGGAAGCUGAGCCAGGAGUGCCGAGCGAAGGGAAACCGCUCCGGACAGUCCCCGGCGGGCGGCCGGCAGCCUCCCCGCAACGUGUUUGACUUCCUGAAUGAGAAACUGCGAGGGAAGAGCGCUGGGGAGAAGGCUGGAGGGGUGGCGCUGCCCGAGAGGAACAGCAAAGAGAUCUACCACGCCAGCAAGAGCACCAAGAAGGCCCUGAGCGUCCGCCUCUUCCAGACGAUGGAGAAGAUCGAGCAAACGCAGAAGGACAUCAGGGGCAUCCAGCAGGCCCUGGCGCGCAACGUGGGGCGGCACAGCGUGGCUGCAGCUCAGCUGGAGGAGAAGCUGGCGAACGCCCACAAACAGCAGGCCCAGGAAGCCAGCCUGCAGCGGGAGCAGAAGAAGGCAGACACGCACAAGAAGAUGACCGAGUUCUAG